AUGGACACCCAGGGGCUUCCAGCGGCCGGGGCCGCGCGUGGAGGCCUACCCGGCGGCCCUGGCUCCGCCCCCGGCUGGUUCCGCCGGCUCAGCCCGGGGCCUGGGCGCCGCCGUCUGCUGCUGCUGUGCGGUCCCGAAGAUGGCGGCCCCGAUCCUCAGCGCGAGCAGGCCCCGGCUGGCCCGGAGCUGAGCCCGCCGCCCCCGGGGGACGCAGCCAGCGACGGCUCCUUCGUGGUGCUGCUGGAGGUGGCGCGCGGCGCCCCCGAGGGCUCCGAUCCUGCGCAGGCCGGGCGCGGCGCACGUCCCGCAGUUCCCCCGGACCAGGGCCCCAGCGGCCGGGCCUCCGCCCCCAGCCCUGCCGCCGCCCUGGCGGGCGCGCUCGCCGUCUCCGGUCAGGACCUGCUGGUGCGCCUCGACAACGGCGUCUUCACGCUGGCUUCGCCGUCGCCUCCCAGUAACCCGCCGACGCCGCCCGAGGGCGGCACCCAGGCCCCGGCAUCGGGCCAGGACCCCACGAGCGCUGCGGAGGGCCGCCGCGGGAGCGCGGGCGCGCAGGGGUACCCCUGCCCGGAGCCGCAGUGCGCGCAGGCCUUUGCCAGGAAGCACCAGCUCAAGGUCCACCUGCUGACGCACGGGGACAGCCAGGGCCGGCGACCCUUCAAGUGCCCGCUGGACGGCUGCGGCUGGGCCUUCACCACCUCCUACAAGCUCAAGCGGCACCUGCAGUCGCACGACAAGCUGCGCCCGUUCAGCUGCCCCGUGGGUGCCUGCGGCAAGAAAUUCACCACCAUCUACAAUCUCAAGGCGCACAUGAAAGGUCACGAGCAAGAGAACUUGUUCAAGUGCGAGGUGUGCUCAGAGCGCUUCCCCACGCACGCCAAACUCAGUUCCCACCAGCGCAGCCACUUCGAGCCGGAGCGGCCUUACAAGUGUGAUUUUCCCGGCUGUGAGAAGACUUUUAUCACAGUGAGUGCUCUCUUUUCCCAUAAUCGAGCCCACUUCAGGGAACAAGAAUUCUUUUCUUGCUCCUUUCCGGGAUGCAGCAAGCAAUACGACAAAGCCUGUAGACUGAAAAUUCACCUGAGAAGUCAUACAGGUGAAAGACCUUUUGUUUGUGACUCUGACAGUUGUGGUUGGACCUUCACCAGCAUGUCGAAACUCCUAAGGCAUAAAAGGAAACAUGAUGACGACCGGAGGUUUACCUGCCCUGUGGAAGGCUGUGGGAAAUCAUUCACAAGGGCAGAGCAUCUGAAAGGCCACAGCAUAACUCACCUGGGCACAAAGCCAUUUGAGUGUCCUGUGGAAGGGUGCUGUGCUCGGUUUUCUGCUCGCAGCAGUCUGUACAUUCACUCAAAGAAGCACCUCCAGGACGUGGAUGCUUCCAAAAGCCGCUGCCCAGUCUCCAGCUGUAAUCGACAGUUUACGUCCAAACACAGCAUGAAGACUCAUGUGGUCAAACAGCACAACUUGCGCCAAGAUCUCUUAACUCAGUUAGAAGCUGCAAGUUCUCUUACACCCAGCAGUGAACUUACCAGCCCAGGACAGAGCGAGCUUAAUAACAUAGACCUGGUGUCUCUCUUCUCUAAUGCAUCUGGUGACAGUAAUAGCUCUGCAGUUGCAUCGGACAUGGCAUUGGUGAACUCUGGGAUCUUGACUAUUGAUGUUACUUCUGUGAGCUCAUCUCUAGGAGGGAAUCUUUCUGUUAACAACAGUUCCUUGGGACAGAUGGACCCCUUGGUCCUGGUGGCCAACAGUGACAUUUCUCCCAGUUUGGAUAGCCCUCUCAUGCUUGGAUCAAUGGCCACAGUUCUUCAGCAGAGCAACUUAAGUCCAGAUGAUGUGCAGACUGUAAGUGCAGAAGCAUUAGGUUGUUUGGUACCUCUGCCUGUGAAAAAGAAUUUGAGUCAAGAGCCACAUGCCUUGACUUCCAGCAGCAGUUCAACAUUGAAUAUAUGCACAUCAGCCUCUUCAAGCAGCCCCAGUGGAAACAACUGCGUGCCAGAACUGCUGGCUCCAAUUAAAGUGGAACCGAACUUGCCUCCUGACCCAGAUAUUGGGCUUCAGGAAGGAGGCAAAGUGGACACCCAGUUUGUGCUCUCUCAUGCAGGAGGUUCCAGCGCUCACAAAGAGACAGACCUCAGUGCGCUGCCCAGCAACUUGUAUUUGGAAAGUGAGGGUUCAGCAAGAACUGAUUACCGAGCCAUUCAACUAGCCAAGGAAAAAAAGCAGAAAGGAACUGGGAACAAUGCAGGAUCCUCAGGGCCUACUCAAAGAAAAAUACAAGACGGCAAAAGCAAUCCUAGUCACUUCUGCGCCAGCCAGAGCAGUUGGCUGUGCGGGGAGGUUGUGCCAAGCAGAGGUGUGAUGGGACCAGACCCAGCAGCUGGGAUGCGGUGUGUUCAGGUUCAGCUACAGCAGGAGGACUCCUCAGGUGAAGGUGCCUUGCCAGUUGCACUCAGCAUGCAGCCCCCACUGCUCUGUCCCCUGCUCACCAUGGACUUGCCUGUCUACGUCCUUCAGGAGGUGCUCCCCGUCCCAGAGGAUGCUGCUGGUCCCGAGGCCGCACCGUUGGCCAGAAGCACCAUCAAUCUCCAGGACUUGCAGUGA